AUGAAAUCCAACGAAACGGUCUUCGUGUCUGCAGCUGCAGGAGCCACCGGUCAAUUCGCUGUCCAACUCGCCAAGCUUGCUGGAAACCACGUGAUCGGCGCCUGCAGUUCGGAUGAAAAGGUCGAGUACCUUAAGUCACUCGGUGUAGACCGCGCUAUCAACUACAAGAAAGAGGAUCUUAACGCUGUCCUAACAAAGGAAUACCCAAGCGGCAUUGAUCUCGCUUUCGAAGGUGUUGGCGGCGACAUGUUCAAGGCCGUUCUGGACAACAUCGCCAUUUUCGGCCGCAUCAUCGUCUUUGGUAAUUGCUCCCACUACCACGGCGACGCUGGCGACGAACCGCAAUACGGUUAUCAGCAGAACCGCAAGAUGCAAUUGCGCUCCGCCUCGCUGCGUGGCUUUCAACGACGCCACCACCCGAAGGACGAGCCUGAGCACUUGCAGCGUCUCGCAUAG